AUGGAGUGGAAACCAAAGUUGACGACCCAAGUUCCAGCUCAAGCUUCUGCAACAACUAUGACACAUGAUGUGUCAACUGUCACAGUUGAAACGGACAGCCCGGCUGCGCCUCUUGCAAAUUCCAGAAAUCCCAAGGAAUCCACUUCAAACCUUCAGAAGAAGCUAGAAGAGUUGCACUUCUCAGAAAGUCAACACGUUAUCAUCCCUGAUCAUCUUCAAGUCCCAGAAGCUGAAAGAAGUGGAUUGAGCUUUGGAAGUUUUGAUGCCAGCUUUGGACUAGAAACGAGGUCAACGUUGCCGAAUGGUGCUGAUAGUGAGAGGAGCUCUAUGCUGCUGACUGAGUCAUCCCAGGGGCCUAAAGAAAACGUUGGAGGACCUACUUUGAGGUGAUAAACAUUACCUUCCCGUUAUAAUGGAAAUUUAGACAUGGAUUAAUUUUUGGCUGCAUACUGCGUUCUGUGUUUUUUCUCUGGUUUAUUGACUAGUUUAUACCUGCUAACUAGAUGAAUAAAUCCCUUCUUCUCUUUAUUAUUAACUUUUUCUUUUGAUAGCUUCUCAAAUAAUCCACCUUCAUUAGCUAGAUACCCUCCCUCGUCUGUCAAAUUGUUCAGCCUUGGAAUUCUAAAAAACUCUUUCCUUGACAGUGGAUCCUUCCUGUACCCUGGAACUCUUCCAUGAUGAUUGGUAGCUCACACCAUACUGUCGUCAAACUUCCUCAACAUCAUGUUUCAUUUCCUUACUAUCUUCGACAUUGUAUUUCUUGCUGUAGGUUGGUCCCAGUGGCAUUUGCAUUCUGCUUAAACCCUUUGAUUCCUUAAUUUCUUUCUUUCUGAUUACAGCACUCAGAAUGUUUCAUCAUCUGCUCAGCAAGAACAUCCAGUUCAUUCACAGGCGCCAUCUCAGAUGCCCGAAAAUCUGCCAUCUAAGGAGGCUGAUGCUCCGUUGGAUGUUCCUGCCAUGCCAGAACAUGAACAGUUGAAGCAGGCUACAGCUCUGGCACAAGGGAGCGCUCAGAUCUCGCCCUUGCACACUUCUCCACUGUAUUCAGCAUUCGGUUUGGUCCCACCAGUGCUCGGAGGUCAGUUCGCACCUUUUGAAGGCUCUGAGGCUCAGGCUCGUGAACCCUCUGCUGUUGCUAGCUUUAUAGUAAGUCGUCCAAAUCCAUCUAAACAUCUCCGCCCUCUCUUUUAUUUUCGUUAUUUUAGGAAAUAUGGAUAGCAACCCGUUCUAUCAAUAUAAACUGAGGUGAUGAAAGAGAGAGAGAGCCCUCUGACCAACCAAGAACGGCCUAAUUGAAUGUGAAAAAAAAAGGCAUUUCACGAAGAUCUUUCUAUGCAGUGUCUAUUCAAAGGAUUUGGCCGGAAUUACUUCUUACUUAGGCAAGCUUAAGCCUCCAGGAGAAUGAUGGUGCUGCUCCUCGUCAGAAGAACUUCCUAGCAUUUAAGUGAUCACAUUGACCAAUCUCUCUAACUCCUUAUGGGCUCCCAAAUAAUUCCAUGUUCCGUCGGGGAGAAAUAAAGCUAACUUUCUACAUAUUACUUGUAAUUAAUAUCUGUGUUACAUCUAUUUCAUCAAUGUCUUUUUUUCUGUUUUUAUUUGACAUCGUUCGAAUAUUAAACGAUUUUUUUAUUUUUUAUUUUUUUAUAGCAGGUUCAGCAGCCAUUUGAUCCUUCUACAAAUUAUUAUACCCAAAUUUAUCAACCAGGAGCUGAUGGAGAUGGUCGUUUCUCUCCAUAUCUUGCACCCGGUGGCACUACUAAAUAUAAUGGAAAUACUGCCAUCUUGUCCCCCCAAACCGGCCAGUCUGCUCAAGAGGUUCGUAAACUUAGACUGCAAUAUUUUGCUCGCAAUGGUCAAAGACUGAGGCCAUGAUUUUUUAUAAUUAUAAUCAGAAAAAUUAUCAUGGCUGUUGGGAAAUUCCAAUCUUUUAAAUAUUCAGGAUAAUCAAACUGACCCAUUUAUCUAGUUUAUUAUUUUCAUAACUUUUUCUGUAUUUCUCAUGUCCCUUGUUCUUCUCUUCCAGCAGACCGCCAGUUCUCCCAUGUUACCCGCCACUGGCAUCACCAACCAAGCUGGCGGAGCUGUGCAGACCUCGGUGGCCAUAGCCCAACAGCAUCUCCCUGCUUACAGGCAGCCAGCUGGUGUACAUAUGCCCCAGUAUCCCCCUAAUUAUAUGCCGUAUGGUCAUUAUUUCUCCCCAUUCUACGUUCCAACUCCUCCAAUUCAUCCCUUCUUUAGUAGCACCGCCUUUCCCCAGCAGCCCUUGGCCAGCAGCCUGUACCCACCUCCUGCCGCCGCCGCCACCGCCACCCCCGUAAAAUACUCCCAAUAUAAGAGCGGAACCGGCGGCAGCAACCCUUCUCACUCUGCCGUGCCAUCGAGCAAUGGGCCCUACAGCUCCGGUCAACCUGGGUACACCUCCAGCCCUCCAGUGGUCAACGAUGACCCCUCCGCGACCCAGUACAAGGACAACAACGUUUACAUCAGCGGGCAGCAGGUAUUUUCUUUACCCAGAUGGCGCUCCUCUCUCUUUCUCUCUCUAAAGAUCUCUUGCUCAAAUCAAUGAUGGGCUAUUGUUCUCUUGUUCUCCCGAAUCUGAAUAAGGCAGGGAUUUAUCAAUAAUGGUUGACUCUUUUGAAAAACAUUGGCUCACGUGUAUCAACUGUGCUAUAGCCCUUGUGAUACAAAUCUUAACAUAUAGAUAAUUUCUUUACCAAGAUGGGUAUUUGAUGAUCUGGAUAAUAGUUCUUUGGCCGUUUAUUUUUAGUCAAUGGGGGGUUUGACUAUGUUCUUCGUUUUCCUUGAUUUGUCGUGUUGCAGAGCGAAGGCGGCACAGUCUGGAUUCCAAGCCCUGGGAGGGAUCUUCCCGGCCUCCAGGCGGGUUCUUUCUACAAUCUCCCUCCGGGGCAGCACAUGCCAUUCGCAGCUGCUCAGUCAGGAAACAACCCCUUUGCUGGGCUCUACCAUCCUGGCCAGUCUCUGGGCGGCGCCGCCACCAUGCAUCCGAUGCUCCAGCCGCCGUUGACCGUCAGCGGAUCCGGUGGUGCUGAAAUGGCGCCGCCACCAGCCGGCGUCUACCAGCAGCCCCAGCGUGCGCAGAUGAAUUGGGCCGGUAACUAUUGA